AUGGCUCUACGACUACACGAACAGGAAGCAGCUCUCGAUUUGAGCUUAUCUGCAAUAAAAAGGGAACAAUUUUCGCCAUCUGUUGAAAGUUUUCUCAACACAUCUCCAAAUUAUUCGAAUUUUAAUUAUGGAAGACCACAGUAUAUUGUUUCACCGAAUGUUGAACAAUACUAUUCCGGCUAUACUGAUCAGGCUCUUGUGCCCUCGGCUCACGUGUCACCGUCCUCGAUCGACGGCAUCGCGCAUUUGUCACCACCUUCGAUAUAUGAAGCUGAAGUAAGUAAUCAGUUCCAAUAUUAUAAGCCAAUCGGAUCAGCACCAUCGCCGCCAAAAUCACCAGAAAAAUAUGACACCGAGUCUUUAGACGACGAUGUUGAAUAUCGGGCAUUUGAGAGAGACGCUAUGCGAGCGAUGACAGUAAAGAACGGUGGAUCCCUGUUAGGAACAAAUCCACGCAUGCGGCGUAUUGUCCAAACAAAUCAGGCGGCAGACGAUAAUUACAGAUUACAGCGUGAAAGAAAUAACCAUGCCGCAAAACAGAGUCGCGACAAAAGGAGGUUACGUGAGGUGCGUUUAGCGUUACAAGUGACAUUUUUAAAGAACAAAAGAGACGAACUACGAGCAAUGUUGGCCGCUGGCAUUUGCGUUCGAUGUCGUCACAGAUCGUUGUAAUAUAUAGAUAUUAAAUAUUUAAUGUAAGUAAUGUGUAUUUUCGACUAUGUAAGAAUCUUGUUGAUAAAAUAAUUUAGAAUAUUAGUAUUGUAUGUACCUACAUAUUUUAAUUGCUUUAGUAUUAACGUUAUUUUGUAUUUAUUAGUUUUAAAAGUUUGAUUUAGUGUCAUAAUAUAAUAAUCUAGAAAUUUGAGUUGAGUAUAUUUUAUAUUGUUAUGUACCUUUAAUUUAAUGAAUGUGAUGUGUAGUUUUAAAAAGUAAUGUGUAGUUUUGUUUUCGUUCUGUUUUUGCAAAGGUUCUUCUAUCAUAAAAUCUAUUAAGCUCCAUGAAAUUAAAUUGUUUUAUUUACAAUUUCCUUAAAUAGCACAGACGACGUCACGUGACGUGUCACGUUCCUUACAUUAAAAUAAAACAUUACAUUACCCAUAUAAAGCACUACUCAUUAAAUUAAACCUGUGAAAGAUCCGAAAAAUACAAUAAUUUUUCAAAAACA